AUGCUGUCGACUUUGUUUUCUUUAAUGUUAAUUUUAAUUGGAAUACAGAUAACACAAGGUCAACUGUUGAUUAGACCUACUUAUGUUUAUCGAAAUUUAAUACGCAAUGUGCACGAUUUUUUUAAUAACACAUGCAUUAUACUCUUGCACGGUACUCCCAAUGUUAUGGAGAAUACUAGUUUGGAUGAGGCCACGGAAUUGUUUUCCCUUCAAAGAUAUUUAAGUGGUACUCUUCAUAUUCGUACGGUCGUUAUGGAUUUUCAUAUGUUCAAGACACGAGUGGGUGAAAGUUAUUAUCACAUAAAAAGGCCACUGUUCGUCUUGUUGAAUGAUUACAAUGAUACGAGGGACGAGCUCGCAUAUGUUUCCACAUGGCUGGCAAUGGAGUAUCCAACUUGGCUGCUCUUCUUCAGGAAAGGGACCCAAAUCGAAGUAUUUUUUCAUAAUAUUUACGUACCAUUUGAUUGCCAAUUGAUGGUAACUCGAGAUAACGAAAAUGGAACUGGUGAGGUGAUCUUGGAGGUCUAUCAAAUUGAUGCACAGUCGAAAAUCAGAAUUAUGAAUUUCGGUUCUUGGGAUAGAAUGAAUGGUUUCAAAGGGCCUACGUUGAGUCUCUAUCAAAGAAGGAAUAGUCUUUACGGACAUAACAUACGUGUUGUCAUGGCCCACGAUCCACCGGUGUCCUUAAUACAUCGUAACGAAGAAAACGAGAUUGUUGAGGUUAGUGGUUUCUUUGGGGAGUUGAUGAAAUUGCUGCAAGAAGGUAUGAAUUGCACAUUAACUUACACGGAAGCGGAUUCUUGGGGAUUAAAUCUAUUAAAUGGAACUUGGACAGGUGCUGUAGGGAUAUUGGUAAAGAAUGAAGCUGAUAUUGCAGGCAUGGAACUAAUGAUGACAUCUGAUAGAUUAGACGCCAUCGACUUCACUACUCCCGUUUAUUCUACGAAGUGCCGUACAUUCAUAAAAAGACCGGAUUCAACAUCUAUAAAAUGGCGAGCUUAUACAUCACCCUUUGGUGCCUAUAUUUGGUACUUUAUCGGUUUGUUGAUUCUUCUGAGUAGUGGACUGAUCAUGAUAAUAAAAAUUGUAAUUAAAAUAGUAUCUUAUUAUGAGGAUUUCGAACAUUCACCGUCAACAUUUUCAGAGAUAAUAUUUUACGUUUUUGGAGCAUUUUGUAAUCAAGGUAUGCAACAAUCGUUGUUAGAUCCGGUUCGUAUGGUGCAGUUUGUUAUCCACUUAACAGCUGUUGUUGUAUUGGCCGCUUAUUCUGCAGCACUCAUAAGUUUCCUGGCUAUCAAAACUUUUGUUAUGCCUUUCACAACUAUGGAAGGUCUUCUCAAGGAUGGUACUUAUCGAUUUGCAGUGGUUCAACAAUCCGCCGAUUAUACUUUUUUUCAAAAUACUUCGGAUAAAGUGCUCAGUGUAUUGUUUGACAAUAUUUUAACGAAAGAGACCGAUCUACCAAUCAAUUAUUUUGAUGGUCUUCGUCGUGUUUGCAAGGAAAACAAGUAUGCCUUUAUGGCGAUGGACAAUAUAGCAGCAGAAUUGCAACGAAAACUCACUUGCAGCGUGGAAUCUCUCGAUACUAUAAUGCAAACGACUAUAGCGAUGGCUGUACCUAAUAGAAGUCCAUAUGACGGUAUUAUUAAUUCCAAUAUUCUGAUGUUGAGAGAUAGUGGAAUACUUCAACGUUUACUGAACACAGAAUGGUCUAAUCAAUUCACAAAGCCUAAAAGUAAAUGGACGUCGGUUGAGCUUUACGACAUGGUGCCAUUAUUAAUUUUCAUGUUUGGUGGCUCCGUUGUUAGUUCAUUUUUGCUUUCAUUAGAAUAUAUAGUACAUCAAAAAGUCGUUAAUAUUAACACACUGCGAAUCAUACGAAAAAGAUCGUAAUUUGCGUCCAUCAUUGCAACCAAUGAACAAAAUCAUUUCGUCAUAUUUGUAAAUAGUCUUUGAAGAAGAAUGCAAUUUCUAUUUUUUUAAUUUAAAUGAAGGGAUUUUCUUGAUUCAUAUUAUUCGAUGUAAUCAUUUUAAUGAGAACACAAGCAAUGUUUUUAGACUCUUACAGUUUCAAAUCAGAUUAUACCAAUGAGGAUGCUGUUAAAUAGCUUCGUUUGAUUGUGUAAUGCAUAUAUGUUGUAUAGCACUUUUCCUUGAUUUUUGUAUUCAAAUUCGACGUGUCCGAAAGAAAAAUAUCUGUGCUAUAAAAAAAAACCCGUAAACAAAAUUCUGUGCAAUAACCGAUAUUGCCCAUAAUAGAUACAAAGGAUAUGAAUGUGACGACCUUGUUUCACUCGUUUCAUUGUUUGCAACUGACAGAAUGCAACAUUUAAUUGUUCGCUGGCCAGGCGAGUAAUUUUCUCCUUUUAUGUACAAAGACGGAAGUCAGAUAUUCUAACUGGAAUCUCAAGCUCCAUAUGGCUCCGAAUAUGUGUAAAAAAGUGUGUAAUAUUAUAUUAGCUUAGAUCGUAAUAUUUAUUCGUUCGUGAUUUCUCUUUGUGUUCUCGCAACAAUGGGAUGGUCCGCUGUUCCUUUCAAAGAUAUGCCUUCGCGAACGCUGCGAUGAAAAGGGAAUAACAAAUAAAGACUCAUUUUUAGACCACGUGCGAUUUCACAUUAUUAUUGAAGAACUUUGAUUUUAAAGAUUAAAUCUUUUACACAU